AUGGACACCCCAGCCGACAAUUUCCGGACCCCGGACACUCACGUCACAUCUCGACGAAGGGCCUCCCGACAGCCACCACUAGCUGAGACACCGAAAACUUCACACACAACCUGGGCCACACCCGCUACGAGCGCCCCAAAGCCCGAUGACGUCGAGGAGGAAGAGAGGCCAUCGUCAAAUGGAGCCCGCGGACGAUCCUGCCCACCAAACGCCCAGCUGCCGCUGGUCGAGACUCCUACGGUCUCCGAAUUCACCGGUAUGCAACAUGACCUCUUGAAGAGCGAACGGCGCUACAAGAAAGCGUUGCAAGACGUCGUAUAUGAGCAGGGCCGUAUCCAAGAUUUGACCCGUGAAUUAGAGGCGAGUAAGCACCGCGUCACCGAGUUGUGCGAAGAAGUCCGGCUCAAAGACGAGUUGAUCAAGUCGAAAGACGAAAGAGUACAACGUCUCGUCGAUCAAGUAGACGUGAUGAAAUCGGAAGCAUCCGCCGCCCGGUUGCACAUCACCUCGAAGGACGCGACGAUACGAGAAGCUGAGAGAAGAAACACUACCCUUCAGAGCAGGAUUAUAGAACUGGAAAAAGAGAUAACGCGGUACAAAAACGAACUCUGUCAAGCUAUACAUGAUGAAAAACACCGCGCUGUCGAAUAUAGGCACACUGAAGGUCUCUUGGCAAAGAAGGAAACCGAAUUGGCGGUGCGCCGCAGUCUGGAUGUCGGCCUCACGCAGAUGAAUCGUGUCUUUGAAGACCAUCUGGCCAAGCAACUGACCAGUUUUAUCCAUAACGCCAUGGCCACCGCCCCGAACACAGCUAACCAGAACAUGGAAAUCGCCAAGCUGGGCUCGCUCUCCACCAUGAAUGAGUUCCUGAUGAAUCAAGUCGGAGAGUUGAAGCGCCGCGAAGAGGAGCUUACUGGGCUUCUCGACAGCGCCCGGGAAACGGCUCAACAAGCGGGUCAAGACCGCGAUAAUCUACAAUCGAGGAUGCUCGCCCUUGAAGGAGACAGCCAGAGGACCAACAUGUACCUGAUUGAGGAAAACGACAAGAUCAAAUGCGACCGAGCCGCCAUCAGAUGCGAAUUGUUGGCCAAACGGCGGGAGAUCAAAAAGCUUGAGGAACAACUCGCGAUGCAGCAACUCAACAAUGGCAGUCAAGCCAAGAUUGAUGAAAUGGAUGAAAAGCUGCGUCUCAUCGAAACUGAAAGGGACAGCUUGAAAUUACGUCUUGAAUCCUUGGAAAGCGCCCACAAAGAAGCGGAGUCGAUGAUCGCUGAGCUCAAGGAGAAACUAAAGGACAAAGAGGAGGACUCUGACUUGCUGGCUCCACUUCGUUCGGAGAGGGACCAUUGUAAACGUCUUCUUGAAAAGGAAACCGAGAAGUGCAAGGUCCUAAAUAGGGGCCUCGGAACCCUUGACGAGCAAAUCCGCAUGGUUGAGAAACAACGUGACCGAUACAAAGAACGACUCAAUGAAGCUCAUGCCGAGAACACCAGAAUUCGCCAGCAAGUCAUGGAACUGGAGACCCGGGUUGAUGGUCUGAGGAGAGCAGAAGCCGAAAUUUCGGAAGUAAUGAGUGAAAAUGAACGCCUCGUGAAUAAGGUCUCCCAUCUGCAAGAAGAACUACGCGAGACUCAUUUUGACUACCGCGAGGAGAUGGCGCGUAUGGCCCGCGAUUAUUCGGAACAGAGCGCCGUCAGAACAAGCGCUGACGCAAGUGCAGAGAAUCUUCAAGUCAAGGUCACCGAGCUCACCAAAUCUCACAAUGAAACUGAGACGCAGCUUCGUGCCGCGAAGCGACAGAUUGAGGAGCUGCACCAGAAAAUAGCACAGUUGACGCGGACGGUGAACGAUACGAAAGCCAGGGAAGCUCUAACCAACGAUGAGAACGCACGGUUCAAGAUCGGACUCGUUGAAGCCAUCGAAAAAGCGGAAAAGUUUAAGAAAGAAGCUGCGGAUGCUGUGGAGAACCUGACGCAGCAGUCUGAAGAAUUCCGGAGUCUACUCGACAAAGUGAGGGUUUGCGAGACGGAGCUGAAUGAUAUGGAAGAUGUCGUCAAGGAGAAGGAAAAGAUCAUCGCUUACCUCAAGAGCCAGACAAACGCGCAAAAGAUGCCAAAGCUGAAGAGUCGUUCGACACUGCUUCAUCAUCCCAGCGACAGCUCGAUUGAAAUGGAAUCCGCGGAGCUCGAGAUUCUGGAGGGCGUACGGAGAAACAUCCAAGCUAAUUUGGCUGAAAAGCGGCAGGAGCUUAACAAGCGCAAAGGGUCGUCCAGUGACAUCGAAAACCUGCAGGGAUCUGACGAGGUCUCCAUUCCAACACAGAGGAGUCCCUUCAAACGACCAUUGGCGCCCGUAAAUGGAUCUGCGUCAUCUUCUGGAGAUGAAUAUUCCGGAGUGGUGAAGCCUUCGGUGGGCAUGAUGCGACACGACAUUCCGCAUUCAUGGCGUCAGCAAAUCGGACUUGCCGUCCGUCAGCUCAAGUGUGCCAUGUGCUUCGAAGGAAUUCCUAGGAUGGGCUAUGCAAUGCGGUGCAACAUCUGCGAGGUGGUCGUUCACCGUCGCUGCACAAGGCGCGUCAACAAUACAUGUGGAAUGCCAGCUCAAUACGCCGAAUACUACCAUGAUUGCCAGGAAAAGGUCGUCAGGAAGGCGAUGGGCUCGAAUUCGAAGUCGAUGAACGGCUGGGUCCGGGUCUACAGCACACGCGAACCGAAAUGGCUAAGCAGUUUCGCGGUCUUGGACAAGGGCCGCUUGAGCUUCUUCGACAAGGAGCCGCUGGCUGGUCAGCUCGACAACCCUCGUCUUCGGCUGGAACUCGAUAACAAGGCCUGGUCCGUGCGCUUUUUGGGUGAAGGCCCCAAUGGUGAAAGGGACGGCGAUUUCAACAACUGCAUCCAGAUCCGUCAUCAAGGAGAGGUGAUCCACAUCAUGUGCCCCACCGAUAGCGCCACCGCGCAUUGGAUGGGCUCCUUGCAGGCGGCCUCAAAAGAUCGUCAUUUCAUGACUCGUAGCCCGUCAGCUUUCGCCAACAAUUCGUUGGUGUUAGCCCUCGAUACACCGCAGAAUCUCAACGUCAACGCCGUCAACGUGUUCGAUGAUUGGUUGCUGAUUGCUGCUCAAGAAGGCCUUUUUGCGACGCUGAUCGCCGAUCCACGCAACCCGUUCCCGUUAUUCUGCUCUGGGGCCUUCCAUUCCGUUCUCUACAUCAAGGAUGUCGACGUCGUCGUCACGGUGUCCAAUCAAAAUCGUCAAUUGGGUCUGAUUUCGGCGUCGGAAUUGAGGAUCCAGCUCAACCAGCCCCGUCCGACGGUCCACCUACAGAAUCUGCCCGGAAUCGAAUACGCGCACAUGAUCGAGUACCAUCAGGAGGGCCAGCAAAAAUAUCUACUUGUGGCCGAUGCUAACUCCAUCCACAUCCUCCAACAGAAACGCGAUUUCUUUGCGCCCUGCUUGAAACUGGAAUUGGAUGAGCCGGCCACGUGCAUGCUCUCGGCCCACGGUGGCAUCUACUAUGGUUCCGACAAAUACUACCAUGCGACGAUGCUCUACUCGGGCAAACCCAAGAUUGUCGCCCUCACCGAAGAACACAUGGCCGAUUACCCGAUGGCUGUCUUGGAGACUGGCGACGAUGAGGUGCUCCUGGCUUACCAGAACCAUGGUAUCUUCGUGAACAGCCGCGGUGAACGGACAAGAAACUCGAUUGUUGAAUGGGAAUUGACACCGAUGGAGUUUGCCUACUCGAAACCGUAUCUCUUUGUUGUCCAUUGUGACUCGCUCGAGAUCAUGCAAGUCUACGAGAAUGAGGGCCUGAACUCGCGCACGGUUUCCGAGGAGCGCGAUGUCUACAACACGAAACAAGCUCACAUCGUUGGAAAUGGACCUUCUGAUGAGGUUUUGGUCACGAUCUCCAGCAGCCAACGCAUGGAGCUACACUCGUUCGGCGUUAAAUCUGGGAAACGAGGCGGCAGCAAGCGACGCGCCAUCACCAACGCAUUCGGCAGCUUUGAGAAGAAAAUUCGACCCGCCAUC